AUGCGGAUACCAGAGCUAGAGCUCGUCGCCCAGAAACUCAAGCUGGUUCCUGCAUACAAGAUGGGUUUCGUACAUCAGGUAAUGAACUCUGGCAUUAAUGGUAUAGUGUGUUUACAAGUUGAUGAGCAAGACACUUGUGCAACACCUGGAUGUCUUACCCACUCAAUGUUUCGUCUUUUCCAGUCUGAUAUACAGGUCAACUUUAUACUGGAGACAAUGGAAGAACUGAAGAGAUGUAUUAACAAAUAUUAUUCUUCCCACAGGGGACAGUUCGCUGUGGUGUACCACUGUCAACACAGAAUCACGGGGGAAGAGUUUGCAGCCAAGUUCUCCUCCAGAUGGCGUCUUGGUUCAGACUGCACUACGGACAUCCUUCACGAGGUUGCCGUGUGUGCUAUGUUGAGGCCGGCCCAGCGCACCAUUCAGCUGCAAGAUGUCUUCAGCACUGAGAGAGAACUGGUGCUGGUCAUGGAGUAUGCUGCUGGAGGAGACCUUCAGACACUCCUGGACGAAGAUAUGGUACCAUAUGAACGUGAUGUCAUCAGCUUCACGCGACAGCUCCUUGAGGGACUCGUCUUUGUUCACGAUCGCAACAUUGUUCAUCUUGAUAUUAAGCCACAAAACCUGGUGUUGAUGGGGGAGUUCCCAGACUGCGCCGUCAAGCUGUGUGACUUCGAGAUCUCGCGAGUGUUGACGCCAGGACGGGAAGUGAGGGAGAUCCUGGGCACCCCGGACUAUGUUGCUCCUGAGAUCAUCCUGUAUGAAGCCAUCACCACCAAGACCGACAUGUGGUCCCUGGGCGUGCUGACUUACGUUCUCCUAACGGGGUUCCUGCCAUUUGGGGGAGAGACAGACCAAGAGACCUUUCUAGAGAUAUCACUGGGGGAGCUCGACUUCCCAGAAGAGCUCUUUGAGGACAUUUCUGCCGAGGCCAUCGACUUCAUCAAGAAACUCUUAAUUCGCAAACCUCAGUUGAGAAUGAGUGCCCGGGAGUGCCUGGAGCACCCAUGGAUGAAGGCCGACCUCAGCAAAGCAAAGAUUCCUAAACAGCUCAAUCUCUCGGCGCCAGCAUCCACACCCAUCUCCACACUGUCUUCCCCUACUGCGCCGACAGCCCUGACCAUCCCUGAUAUUUAUCAUUCGCACACCAUCUCUACCAGUGUUCACUCUCCAUCACUCAUGUCGGCGUUGACGGAGAUAAUCACAUCGUCCGGCGACGCAAACCUCUACGCCAGGUCUCGUGGCUCUCUCGGCAACACUCCUGGGGCUCUGACUCCUACUAACACAACUCCUGCCAUCCUCACACCAAAUAAUACCACUCCCACUGUUCUCUCUCCUUUGAGCUCCUCUCCACGGGAUAUCGGUUUGCCGCCUGUCCAUCCUCUCACUGGGCCCAAAACCUCAGCAGUCAACUCUACCUAUUCUUCUACUAACUCACUCUACCGAGGAGGGUCGCGACAGUCUCUCGACCGCGCCAGGAGUCUCUCCAAGUCUCGCGAGGUGCUGUCCGAGAGGAUGCAGAUGUCUAAUCAGAAGAAGACACUUUCGAAAUCUCGUGAGCGUCUCCACGAUGGACGACUUGGGCUCUCAGGGUCUCGGGAAGACUUGUGGGCUCUUAAAUCCUUCUCUCAUUCUGAAGAAGCUCUGACGGUAUUUAGUUGGCUGAACCAGGAUGAUUCAGUAUACAAAAGUUGUAAUAAUGUCUUUCUUCCCAUGCUGCCCAUGCUCGAUGAAAACAGAGUAUCAGGACGUUUGUACAAAAGUUUGGCAUCCAUCGACAAAAUAGACGAAGUAGGGACGGAGUCAAAUCAGGGUAACGACAGACAAAGUAUUUUCGACUCAAGAUUCUCAAUUAACGAUAGGGAAUACAAUAAUCUCAUUACUAAAUACAACACAGCUGUUAAUAGUCACCGAAAAACACCACCGCGUGACCAGACACGUGAAGGUCGUCAGAGAAGUACACUUUCAGAGGAACGACCGAAAAGCGACCAGGGUGGACAAAGUGAGAAUGUCUGCAACAAGCGAUGCUCCCGCCACCACCAGUCUGAAUCUCAGCUGAGUCAGAAAGUUACAAAAAUCAGUCGAACGGAAAGAAUGAAGAGAGACGUGCAAAGAAAACGCAAAGGGAAAAAGGACAAAGAGAUAUCAAGUCCAGAGUCGCCUCGAAUGAAACAAAGUGAAUCUGAUGUAUUCAGACAACCUGACAAACCUGUUGAUAAGCAGUCGUUCUCCAACCGAGCCCCAUCACCUACCAAAAGACGGGGAUCCGUCUCUCACACUGAGCAGAGAAUCCAGGAGAGGCAUGAAAGACAACAAGAAAAACUGGAAAGACAAGAGCGCCAAGAAAAGCUUGAAAGACGUGGCUCAGGGAAGGGAAGCGCCAUAAAUUCUCGAAGGCGUGACUCUGGAGAGGAUAAAACUCAACCCAAAGAGAAAUGCAAAAACAACAGAAACAGAAAUAAUGAUGAGGCCAUUAACAGACCAAGGAGUAUAUCUCCAUCCAAGCAGACAAAGGUAAACAAGAGAUCUACCAGCAGUGACGCGUCUCCCGCCUCUUCUCUUGAGAGUGUCAAGGAAUCCACAGAGUGUAAAAGAACAUCUCCUAGACGUAGUCAGUCGUCUGAAGCUAAGAAAUCUCUGAGGUCAUUACCUGGAGCAUCAAAUGAUGAUAUCGAACACAAAGAAAAAAGAUCUGACAUGGAUGAAGCUUAUAUUUCAUUUGAGGAACCCGUGGACGAUGGCAUUUUUAGCAGAAGCGAGAGCAUGGAUAGCACAAAUACUGUGGAAUCUGAUCAGACUAUGAGAGCCACAGAUACAUCAUCUGAUACAAUAGAGUCAACUUUUGCUCCUUGUACUGUUUCUGAGAGUGAAUCUAACCGAGCAGCAGAAAGCCCUAUACAGAUUCAGUUGUCUGAGAAGCACGAAUUAGAAAUAGCGAGAAAGGCGUCGGAAAUCUCAGAAAGUUCAGCCAAUGAUGAACCAAUGAUAUCAGAGAGUAUACAAGAACUGUGUGCCAUUAAUGAAGAAGAGGAAGGUGAGAAGAGCGUGUUUGUCAGAUCAGUAUCCACUAGUAGCGACAUUGGUAGUAUGUUGAGUGAAAAUAGUGAAGCAGACAAAGAGGAUGUCACUACUUCUAAGCCAGACAAAGAGGACAUCACCUCCCCUUCCAAGCCUCACGAAAGCGACUAUUUGGCUGCCUUUAAUUGGAAGCUUCGAGGCAGAUCACUGAGUAUGCAGCCAAGCGAUCCGCGUCCCUUUUCACACCUCCACCUGUGCAGGUCUAAUUCCUUUAAUUUAGGAAUGCCUAUAGGAAAAAUUGUGGCAUCACCGUGGGGAGAUGUGUGUGAGGGAGCCAUCAGUCGGGCCUUAGAUAUGUUCAAGCUAAAGUCAACUGACCUGACGACAGCAAGUAGAAGUUUCCAGGAGAGACGGACCUCCCUCCAUAGUCAGUAAUAUAUUCCAGGGGUCGACAAGUCUUGUACAAAUAAAAUGAAAACUUAAGUCAUAAAUGUUAAAUUGUAGAAGCAGGAACUAGAAGUGACUGCAUGAAGCCCCGACACUUCUUAAGGGAAGAAGCAGGGUGCUUGCUAAUUCUUAAGCACAGCGCGCUUCUUAUAUUUUUUUUCUAUUGACGUUGUGUAUGAUACCAAUUAUAUUAUAGUGGGUACAACCCAAACAGAGGCUAUGCUACAAGUUUUAGGUGGAGCUGUGGAAUAAACAGAAAUGUAACUCUUGAUAUCCAGUGAUCAAAGGUGAAUGAUGUUACACUACAUUUGUGUUCAUAUACAUACUAACACAAGGGUGCACAAAGCUCUCAAAAUGGCUUUAGCGAUAUCUGUACAUUGUGAUUUUCUUUCAGGGCUUCAGUAAAUGUUUAAAAUAGGGCGUUAACUUUUCAAAUCGCCUGUGAAUACCUACUUUGUUAACUGGCACUUGACAAAGAGUGCCUAGAAUAUCUGCUACGGUAUCUGACACUUAACAAAAAGUGCCUAGAAUAUGGUAAACAGCUUUAAGCUAUGUACAUAAAGAACCUGUCUUAUUAUAAGGUUAUCGGGUAUCGGUGAAGGCGCUCCUCCUUAACCUCCCCACUGAGAUGGGUUUUUGAAUCAGCAUCUCAUUCCUUUUCUUACACCCCUUGAGACUUUAACUCUCGUCUAUAACUUACGCUUUUAACUCACCAGAGGAAACCGCUUUCAAUUCCCAUUUUCAGACACUCGCACCUUAGAAGUUAGAUGAUUAGUUGUCUUUUUAAAGUUGCUGGUGCAAGCCUACAAUUUGACCUCGUUGACCAAACCAUCAGUGCUGUCAUGAAAUCUUGAUUCAUUAUUGAUCAGAUUAGUAAUUCCAUGAAUAUUGUAUACUCUUGUGUCAUAUAAUCGUCAAUGGAGUCAUGCAGGCUGUGGUACAUCCCUCAUGACGCAAAAGAGGCUACAGUAGACAGGCCUGGUAAAAUAAUUAACAUCAUGUAAUAUAAUCAUUGCGAGUCCUGCUAGUCAGUGAGGGUACGCGAGGUGAGAUGAGAGGACGAGUUUGGUCUCAGGGUCAACAGUAGACGAGAGCUUUGUCUUAGCUAGCUCUCCUGGGCAGAAAUGAAGGGCUCCUGAUCAAAGGAAAUAGAGCAAUCUUCUCUUUUGUAUAAAACACGUUUUUACCUCACAUUUCACCAGCGUUUUAUAACCCUUACGGGAUUAGCGUUUCCUCCAUAAAUAUAUUAAUCACUAGAUGCAGAUGGGGAACCCUCUAACACGUCUAUUGGAGACUGCUAGGAUGGUUUGGUGGUAUACUUGGAGGGUGUUCCGGGGGUCAGCGCCCCCAGCGCCCGGUCCAUGACUAGAUGGUAGUAUUUACUUAGCAUGUACAAGGUUGCUGGCGAAGGGCUCUUGAUCUCAGGAAUUGGAGUUACCCCUCUCCUUCCAUGGAUCAAACAUAAUUGUCUCACAUUCCCUAAGCGCUCAAUAACCCUUACGGUUAUGGCACUUCCAGAUGAAUAUAAUAAUUUGGGGUACGAGAAAAUAAGGUAAAAAUGCUAAACGAAUUUGUAAUGAAAUAUUUGUCAAAAUUAUUGGAAAUGUGUUCAUGAACAACUUAAACUUCCUGACUAAUACCAGAUGAGCUUUCGUCGCCAUUUUGAAAAAAAAUGGCUGCCACUCACUGUUUUUAGUGUUUUAAUAAUUAAGCUUUUAUUUUGGGAGAUAAAAAUUAAUAUCAGGAAAUAAAUGCUCACAAGUCUGUAUACAGUGAAAGUAAUAUCAAACGAAACUCAACAAGCGAAUGUCAGAUAAAACGGACAAAAAAAUGUGGCUGGACAAAGGCUCAGUAUUAUUAUAGCAGCACCGUAUGACCCUGGUGGUCUAGCACCUAGUUUUGAUUAUAAUAAUGAAAACCAAGCUCUAAACCCACAAGGGUUUUACAGCACUGUAAACAUUCAGUGGGAUAUUUGAUUAAAAGAGCCAUGAAGCGGACCAAAUCCACUAUAUCCAAUGGCUGUCCAGUCCGGUCAUACGCUCAAUAAAUGGACCAACUCUGCCUAAGCCUAAUUGCAAGUUUGUAUGGUCUAGGCUUCGUACAAUACCUGUCCAUUGUUAUUGUGGUGGUAGAGACAAGCUUCACAUGUCCAACUGUAAAUUAUGUUGUCAUAGAUUAUAUCCUCCAGAGAAAAAGAAAGAGGCUUUCGUUAGUCUUUUCUUUUUAUGUCCGGUCGUGUUAUAAAUACAACGUAGUAAAUGUUUAAUUAGAAGUUUGUCCAUAUCCAACAGUCGAUCGAUUAAGCGGACUACGUCUGCUUAAUUGAAACGUUUCAGUGUAACAGCAUUUUUUCGGUAAAUAAAUCGGACACCUCCGUUAUCGGUCCGCUUUAUCGGACUUUUACUGUACAGUCAUAUAUUUAAAUUACUGUUACGACUGAUCCUGCCUGGACAUUGUUCCGGGGGUCAGUGACCCCGCGGUCCAGUCCUUGACCAGGUCUCCCAGUGGAUCAGGGCCAGAUCAACCAGGCUGUUGCUGUCGGCAGCACAUAGUGCAACGUACGAAUCACAGCCAGGCUGAUCGGGUACUGAUACUUAAGAAAUUUGUUUUAUAUCCACAUUAGCUAUGCGCUUCAUAUAUUUUUGCAUCUUCUGACACUUUUUUCCACACCUGUAGGUUUAUUCUAAAGUUUAUGAUUAUUUUUUUGGCGACAUAUACUGAUGUGUACUCGGAUAUCCCACUUUUUUCCAGUUACGUAUCCCUACUUUUUUAUUUUUACAAUGGAAUCUUUGAAAAGUGCUUAAGAGGACAGAAGGAUUACUUUUUUCACAUCAGGUUUGCUGGUGACAGGUAUUCUACAACCUCCGUAUCUGACAUCUACUCUCGCCUCGCCUCUCCUAGCUCCUGCCUAUGUAAUCUCUUUCCCCAGGUACUCUGUAUUAUUAACUUUAUCAGGUAAAACAUUGUCUUAAUAAAAUUUCAUGUAAAUACAAUUUUUUGUCUUAAUUACAUACAAUUUGUUAUUAUAAUCAAAUAAUAAAGCGCUAAACCGACAAGGUCAUGCAGGGCUGCUGGGCAGAAAAUAGUGCUGGGGCUAUAAACUGCUAGGUGGAGAGGAGAUCAGAGGUAAGAGUAGAAAAGGGCUGAAAGGGACGCUAGGGGGCUAUGCAUCAAAGUUUGUAUAGUAAAGCAGUUGCUGACAAAGUGAAAAAAGUGAUCGUAAGUCAAAGGCAAGAAGGGAAGAUAAGGUAAGAGGUACGUCGUUGGCGUCGGAGGUAAAUUCUGCGAGCUCGCUGGUAAACCAGGCAAUCCACAAGAAAGAGAAGAACCAAAAUAGAGGCCCGACAAACCUCACAGAGAGGAAUAGGGUGUCGUUCCAUGAGAUACCCAUGGGUAAGGCGAGUAUGGCCAAUGCGGAGACAGCACAGUCUCCCGGGAACAGCAACGGUGGUAAGAUGGCCACAAACCUAAAAGCGGCUUAAUAGAGUGAAAUUUGUUAUGGUGAAUGCCCGACCACCAUUGUUGCCAAUAGCUACAAAGACGGGCAGAGAUGACUAAAAUAAUCCCUGAACGGAAGACCUCUAUAGGAAACUGGAAGGUCACGUACUGCUGAUUGCACAGCAGCAUCCAUCUGUUCAUUGCCCUGCACAUCAACAUAAGCAGGAACCCAACAGAAAACGACAUCUUUGUUUUUGCUAGCUACAUGCGAAACUAAAGCUGACUAAGAAAGACCAAUGGAUGAGGGGAAUCAAAUUGUUUAAUGGCCUGUAAAGCACUGAGGGAAUCUGAAGUGAUCACAAAUGCCGAAGGAGACAUAUGCAAUACGGAGAAGUGCUGUGAGGAUGGCAUUCAACUCUGCUGUAAAAAUACUAGCCGAGUCUAACAAAUGACCCUGGACAACAUUGUCAGGAAACACCGCCGCGAAUCCAACACCGUCAGAAGAUUUAGAGCCAUCUGUAUAAACAGCGACGGCAUGAGCAUGCGACUGGAAGUGACACGAACCGUUAAAACCUCCCAAGGGGAAAGGUAAAAGGCAGAUGCUAUAUGAACAUACAAGGAAGGCAACUGGAGAGAAGACUGGAGUGAAGACGAAGAGAAAAUGGUCGGAGUAAGCAGGGGCAUCAAACAAAUAAUGGGUUUCUACUAAUGUCUGAGACCAACCUAUACGUAGAAGGAACACGAAGGUCGUGAGCGCAGACAAAGUAACGAUGACAAUGAACAUCACGACGAUUGGAUAUGGAAGAAACAUUCACCUCAGCAUAGAGGCUUUCAACAGGGAAGGAAAGAAAGGCGCCAAGGCAUAAAUGAUGCUGAAGGGACCUAACUUAGAGUUGUGAGAGGCCGCAGAAUAGACUUGGUCGCUAUAAUCAAGCUUGAACAAGACUAGGAUGCAAUGCAAAUGGAGGAGGGUCCAGCACAAGAAUUCAGCCGACCAUGGCAAGCUGCCUUCAAAGAGGAAAUGUGAGGUUUCCAUGUCAACCGGCGAUCAAAUAGAAGGCCAAGAAACUAGAUUAGUAGUAUAUUACAUUCUGGUUUACACGAGCCGUGUAGAUACAAUGAAAUAUCUGAGACAAGAGGACGGAGGCGUCUAGUGAAGGUAAUGAAAUGGGUUUUCGUACUAGAAAAUUUAAAACCUUGAGAAAUUGCCCAAUGGGAAAGACGGUCAAUCACAUCCUGAAGGGAUGUUAAUACCAAGCGACAGUCAGCCCCUGCGUAAGCUAUAGUGAAAUCAUCCACAAAGUGAAGACCAAAUCUGCGAUCGAAGAAUGGAAGGUAGAUCAUUUAUAGCCAAGAGAAAAAGGGUUGUAGGGCCCUCCUGAGCCUGAACAAAGUCUGAGGAAAGCGAGGCGCCAACACGAACACGAAAAUAUCUUUCAGAUAAGAAAGCAGCUAGGAAGGUCAGUAGAUUACCGCGGAGGCCUAAGGAGUGGGCUUGGACUAAGAUGCUAUACCUCCAAGUGGUGUCAUAUACCUUCUCAAGGUCAAAAAAGACUGCUAGGAUGGAGUGCUUAUUAACAAAGGCAUUUUGCACAUACGUAUCUAAAUGGAGCAAGGGGUCCAAAGUAGAACGGCCCUUGCAAAACCCACAUUGGCGAGGAGAAAGACUAUUGCGAGUCUCUAAAUACCAUAUCAGACGUCUUUUCACCAAUUGUUCCAUCAUCUUGCAAUGGGACGAUAGUGAGAGGUAUCAGCCCCAAAGUGCCUGGUUUGCAAAACUGAAAUACAGUGGCAGAUUUCCAUUGUUGAGGGAGAACCCCUCACAUCCAAAUAAAAUUGAAAGGGCGCAAAAGGACUCCAAGGGCUGUAGAAUGCAGGUGCUGUAGCAUAUGGAUAUGAAUAUUAUCAGGCCCAACUUCUCUAGCUCUAAGAGAGUAAAACGUGUGUUAUAUGGCUCCAUCCCAUUAGAUGAGAAAUCCAAAGGCAAUUGCUCCCUGGCAGACUUAGAAGCGAGAAAUGAGGGACAGAGGUGAAGGCCUUGGGAGACAUGGACAAGAUAGUUUCCGAUUUCCAUGGCAACCUCAAGAGGUUUGCAACACUAACACCAGCAACCCGCAAAACGGGAGCCGGGUCCAGAGCGUACUUGCCACACAACUUCCGUACCUUCUUCCAAACUGCGCACACAGGGAAAGUAGAGUUAACAGUAGAAACAUAGUCUUGCUAACAAGUGCACUUAGCAUCAUGUAUAAUGUGGCGAGCGACUGCCCUUGCUCGCUCAUAAUCCAUAAUCGAUAACGCACUGCAUGGGAACAUGCAGGAGACCAUCAAGGCACGCAUGUCUGAGAAUGCCUGCCUGAGAUUUGAAGAAUAGAAUGUGAUGCUGCAGUCAAAAUUAAGGUCGAAAACUGGUGCACCAGCUCAUCAAUAGGGGACAAAGAAGGGUCCUCACAUAAAGCGUAAGAUGAGAGUGUAAGUCCUAAUUCACUUGUCCAAAUUGCCAAUGGGGGCUACGAGGCGGUCGGGAAUACAUAGUAGAAGAAAGAAUAAUAGGAAAGUAAUCACUGUCAUGCAAAUUCGGGAGAACAGACGAAGUGUAAUCAAGGGCAAUUGACAGGAACAGAUAGGAAGAUCAAUGCAAAAGAGAGAGAGAGAAUGUGAGAGUCAAAAUAGGUGGGAGCACCAGUAUUUAAAACAUGAAGAGGAUGAGAAGUGAGAAGAGUCUUCAACUGAUCACCACGAGUCACAGUGGGACACCCCCCCCCCAGAGAUGAUGAUGAGUGUUAAAAUCACUUAACAAGAUGGGCAGCGGCAGAGAAAACACCAAGAACACAACAUCUGAGAUACAAAAUGCACGGGAAGGGGAGAUAUAUAGAGAGCAAACUGCAUGCCACCUGUGCAAAUAAAUACGGGCUGCAGUAUAAUGUAGCUAAGAAUGGACAAAGACCUGUUGAAAUGGUAUACCAGGAUGCACAAGAAGUGCACUCAUUAAAAGUUUCAUCAGGACAAGGAUCAGAAGAAUGCAACAGCACACAUCCUGAAACGGGAUGGAUAACUGCUGAACAAACCUUAGGCUCUUGUAACCCGACACCUGCUGGGAAAAACUGAGAGAGCAACACCUGGAGCUCUCCUCGAUUGCCCCUAAGGCCACGAAUAUUCCAUUGUAAAUAAGUCAUUAUUCACAAAGACAGGUAUGCUAACAGUGAGAAGCAAUAAAAUCUACAGGCUAGCAGGGUCAGUGAAGUCAAUUUGUGGAGGCAAAGGAAACCAUGUAAGCAAGGAGGAAUCAGAAUGCUGUGAAGGAAAAGUGUGCUGUGAGGGUUGUGAAAAAUAAGAAGAGGCACAAGGAGGUGCACAGGUGACUAUUGAGAGUUUCGUCUCUGCAAUAUAGUUGGGGAUAGCAUCAAGUGUUUCAGCGGACAAGGAAGAUGCUGAUACUGUGACUUCAGAGAAAAGUGAGGUAGAACAAGUAGAGAUCGGGGAGACUAUGGAUGGAACCAAAGAGGUUUGAGAGGGGAGGAGAGUAUGAACCUGGAGAGAUGUGCUGGCGGGGACAGAAGAGUCCUGUGGUGGAACAGGAGAGGAAGGGGGCUGGAGGGGAACUGAGGAAGAAGUUUGGGGGGAACACAAGAGGGGACCACACAAGGGGGUGAACUUUCACCUUCGUGUGAGAGUUAGAAAGGGGGCGAGAACUAGGCAUCGAGGCCAAAAAGGAGAACUGUUGGAGAAUUGUAAGCACCAAAGGAAUACAAAGAGACCUGGGCUUAGGAGAUAGGUUCAACUUCGCAGGUGACAGGUGCAAAGAAAGUGUAGGCAUAGGUUCAACUUUGCAGGUGACAGGUGCGAAGUAGGUGCAAGCAUGCGAGACCUCGCAGACUGAGAAACUAGUGGGCAAGAAGAGGUAGAGGUAGGAAGAGGUGGGGGUUUUAGAGGGUAAAACUGCAAAAGAAUUAGGAGACAGGGGUUACCUCAGAAGACAUGGCCCCAGAGGAGCUGGUAGGCAGGGGGACCAUCAAGGUUGGAGGUCUAGCUACUCGAGAAUAAGGAACACGAGAAAGACUCCCCUGAAGGCGGAGCGGAGAGACAGCCUUAGCAUAGGUAAGGCCUUCACUUUCCUUAAGACAACUGAUUUCUCGUUCAUUAAGAUAGACCUGACAUUGGCGGGAAAAAGAAGGAUGAGGUUCAUUGCAAUUGACACAAGUGGGGGGAAGACUGCAAGAUGUAUCAGCAUGAUCUGCAGCACCGCAGACCGGGCACUCUGCUGUUGAUCUGCAGUAUUUAGUGGGGUGUCUGAAGCACCACCAGCAAUUUCGACACUGUUGAAGAGUAGGGACCACUUUAUGGACCUCUAGGCGAUAGUCCGCGAUAUAAACAUAUAAUCGGAGGACGGGAGUUCAUGGCAGUCAAAGGUUAAGUGGGUGAUGUUACUGGGAAAGCGCCUCCACCCACGAGCAGGUAGGACACAUAUAUCCUCUUUGAAAAUUUGAAGGUCCUGAAGGUAUAAUUGCUCCAAAAUAUCGUCACCGCAAGACAGAAAAACCACACUGUACAAUGGUAUGCAGUAAAACUACCAUAGGAACGUUAUCAAUGGAAGUAAGAUAGCAAAGAUCAUGAGCUUGUUCUGCAUUCUGAACUGUAAUGAUGUGCGCACUGCUUUGAAGAGCGUGAAAGGAUAUAUUUUGGCCACCAUGUCAUAAAAGAGCUUUAUCAAUGCUAUAGUUAGAAAUAAUCAGUUGGAGAUGUCGGAUGUAGGGAAAAAAAAUUAGUCUACUGCAUACUUGUAAAUAUGGUGCAUAAAGCAAGUGGGUAUCACAUAGGUCGUUUCUGGGUGGAAUGAGCAGACAUCGAAGAACGGUCGUCAGCAAAUGGUCUGGAACGUUUAGGUAUAGUUUUAUGGGUGGCCCGACCUGAGGUAGGUGGGCGAUCCAAACAUCAUUCAUUGCAUUGUAUUCAGAGAGGCCGGAUGUGCAAGAGGCAGAGGCACUAAAAGAAAUGAGCAAAGCCUCAGCACCUGGAGCAGGUGACAAAGCAUCACCAGCAGUAGGUACAGGGGUAUGGGAAAAGUCUGGAGAAUGGUCCAAUAACAAAACCGGGUUAGAACAGGAUGUGGUAACAAAAAGGGGCCUGGGAGGAGGGGUGUUAUCAUGGAAUGAAGACUCCAUGAUGGUGGUACUUCUGUCAUAUUAUUUUAAAGAAAAAAAACAAAGAAAAAAACAAAGAGGGAUUGUCACUAGAAGGGAUAGAAGGGCCAUAAGUUCCCCUUCUCAUCCGAGAGGACCUCGAGACCGCUAGCAGUGCAGAUGCAGCAUGGAAUACAUACCAUACCCUACAUUUCACGCCAGUAAACCAGCACUCCAAGAUAGCAACCUCACAUCUAUUGAGCCACCUCAGUGGACUAAAGAGAGGGCGGUCAGAAACCCGCCACAAAGCAUAACUCCUUUGGUUGCCACCUCCCAGAGCAGACAAGCAGCCUCUGGAGAUACACCCGUCUCCUGCAGGACACCCCGCCCCACCUCUCGGAAAUCCGGGAAGGGAGCAGGGUGCCUCUAGAUAAUCCAGAUUCCACGGCAAACUACACCACACCGGAGGAACCUCACGGAGCAGAAUGAACCCCGGCACACUUCCCCCUGCCUAGAAACCCUAAUACUAGAGCGGAGGACCCCAGAUGCUACAAAUGGGAUGGGGUUGGGAGGGGAAGGAAAGGGAAAAAGGGGAGAUGGGAUAGGCAGGGGAGAAUUGGGAGGUAAUUAGGUUUCGUCUGAGGAAGGAGAUCAAAGGGUCUAAUUCCUCAGACCAAGAGCCUCUUCACCACAUCAAGGAGCCCCCUAGAAAAGACAUACAAUCUACUGGUGUACAUAUUUCAAUUGCUGCCUAUUCCCUUCAAGGGAGGUUCCUUGAUGCUGGUGAGGGGCUCUUGAUACAAGAAUCGCUAUUGGUUCUGACUUUGGAUCGAACCUAUAUGCCUUCCAUUCUCCAUUCACUGUAUGAUCCUUCAGGUUUCAGUUCUUCCUCCCGAAAUCUAAUAAUAAAAAUUUCUCAUGUUUCACUUUGCCUAUAAUUAUAUUUAACUUUUUCUAGAACUGUGCAUCAGUGUUAAGAUAAUCAGUCUCACAUAAUCUAAGGAAAAAACAGCCCACAUUUCUGUAUUUUGCCAGUGGAAUAUUAAACUGUUGAAAAUAUUGGGCAGACCUGGUCAUGGGCCGGGCUGCGGGGGCGUUGACCCCCGAAACACCCUCCAGGAAAGUUGACUUAGCUGUUUUAGAAGGAAACUGUUUAGUUUCUUGGACAGUACUCGACGUAUCAAAAACUUUACUGUGCACCGAGCUUUGGCCUUUUGCAUUUUGUAAUCAAGUUUCAAAUCCCUAAAGGCAGCGGUUGACGAAUAAAACACUAAAAACCGUGAACGGUCAUAAUUUUUUUUUCCCCAAAUGUCGGUAAAAAAAAACCUCACCCCGCAACAGUCAGAAUGUUUACAGUGACGUUCAUUAAGUCAUUCUCAGUGAUUUUAUUGAAUAUAAUUUCGUUAUGAAUUAGUUCAGUUUUUGGACUUAAAAAAAAUGACUGAUUUCUCUGUGAAAGCUGCCCACCAUCACGCCUCAGGCAGGGCCCACCACCACGCUUCAGGCAGGGCCCACCAUCACGCCUCAGGCAGGGCCCACCACCACGCUUCAGGCAGGGCCCACCAUCACGCCUCAGGCAGGGCCCACCAUCACGCCUCAGGCAGGGCCCACCAUCACGCCUCAGGCAGGGCCCACCACCAUGCCUCAGGCAGGGCCCACCAUCAUGCCUCAGGCAGGGCCCACCAUCACGCCUCAGGCAGGGCCCACCACCACGCCUCAGGCAGGGCCCACCACCACGCUUCAGGCAGGGCCCACCAUCACGCCUCAGGCAGGGCCCACCACCACGCCUCAGGCAGGGCCCA